CGUUAUAAUUCCGUAUUGCUAUUUCUCCAUCAUUAUCUGUCUUGCGUUGCUCUUUGUAAUCUACUAGCCAAACACAACAUGCCGACAGGAUCAUCGCCGCCGGUUUCAGCUCGGAAGACGAGCAUGACCGGGAGUUCAUCACGACGAGGCUCGCACAUGGCCACGAUGGCUUCGGAAGUGCCUCAAAAUGAGUUUGGUGGGGUAUUAGUGACACCGGAGCAGAUUCACAUGGCAUUCCAGUUCCUGGACGUUGAGAAGAAAGGCCGCGUGACGCUAGAUAACCUACGCUCAAGGCUGGGGAUCUUCUACGACAACAUGAGUCUCAAGGACGUACGGCUACUACUCAGCGAAGAGAGCGAGCUCACGGAAGAAUAUCUACACGCUCUGCUACUACCGAACGAAGUAAAGAACUUCGACCCUGUAGCAGAAGCGUUCAAGGCCUACGACCCGGAAGAAACGGGCUUCAUCUCGCGCGAAAUGCUGCGCUAUGUGUUCGAGCGACUAGGCUACGGUGCACUCACAGACGAAGACCUGGACAUACUCAUCUCGUGCGCAGAUGCCGACCAGGACGGCCGCAUCAAUCUUGCGGACUUUCGAGCCAUGUUGGAGUAAAAAUAUGCUUCAUUCUCCAUGCUCUGCUGCCUAUAAACUUUAUCA